UUUUCAAGCAUCCAAUUUCCAAGUGUUCUGCGACAAUGACUACAUGACAGCUGUAUUCGACCGGGCAGAUCUUCCAAAACACGUGAAUGUCGACCGCUUGUAUCUCCGAGACCGAAAUUGUAGGGCCCAGUGGAACGCGACUCAUGUCAUUGCAAGAACUCCGCUGACUGGUUGUGGAACAGUGUUCUCAAAAACCGAUCAAACUCUCUUCUUUAGCAACGUUCUUUCUGAAGAAGGUCACAGCAGCGGAUUUGGUGUCAUUACCAGAGAUUAUUUGUUCAAAGCAAACUUGACUUGUACUUAUCCUCGAAAACUUACGGUUGGAGCUUUUAGUUUUGCUCCUGCGAAACAGAAAGUGUUUGGGAAUUUAGGUAAUGUGACAUACAGUUCUAGAUAACUCCACCUUUUGCUAAACUGUUCUCCUUAGGGAUCCAGUAAGAGCCAUCUCCUUACUUAACAGCUCUAUUGUUUUUAAACUGUUUUUUAAAGGUCCUGUAAUGAAUGUCCUUAUCGUUCUAUUGUUAUUUCAGGAACAAAUUGAAACUAAACAAACUUAUAACGCUAAUUUGUUAGAUCAUUUCUGCUAUGUUGACAUUAGGAGGGACGAAGUAUCAUGAAGUACGUUCCAUCUGGUCAAACUCUUGUUAUUCUUUUAGGUGGUCAAGGAAAUUUCUCUCUUACACUGGAUGUUUUCAAGAACUUUGACUACCUCCAGUCAUACAGAUCACAAGACUACCCAGUGUUUAAAUCUCUGUCAGAUAAUAUUUACAUUCAAUACUCUAUCAACACCAUUAACUCGAAUCUUGUGGUGCGCGCAGAAACAUGCAGAGCAACGCCAACCAACAGACCUUACGACACUCCACAGUACGUCUUUAUUGCUGAUGGGUAAGUGGAAAAAUUUCAAUGAAAAUAUGAUAUUUUUGAGGAGGGGAGGGGAGGUGAAUAGGGGUAUACAAAUCGGCCGAUUCGCCCAAGUUUGAAGCAAAAUGCGCCGUCCGACAAUGGUCUUGUUUAAAUUUGGAUCCGCUAAAAGCUCUACUAUGAAGUCGCAAUUCAGGAUCCGAACUAAAUUGCACGCAAAAUCCACAAUCCGAGCCAAAAUAUUAGAUAAAUUCGCAAUCCGCUGUAUUAAUAAGAUCCACAAAUCCGUGUAAAAUAUUCGCCAAAUCCGAAAUUCGAACAAUUCUUUCGGCGGAAUCCAACGAUCCGAAAACCUAUUCACCUCCUAUGAGAUACUGCAGAUUUACAAGGAGGUAGGAGUAAGUUGAUGGUAGGUUAUUGUCAACUUGAUUGGUGACAACCUUGCUAUGACUCACAGUAGAGUUGUGGUUGGUUCUCUCCUGUGCAUGUUUUGAGGGUUUUUCUUCGGAUUGCUGCAUGAUUAGCCAUGGGCCGUAUUCUUCACUAGUAAGCCUUCGAACUUGGCUGAGACCAAAACUUAGGCCAUUGCUGAUGGCUGAGUAGAAAAAUUGCUAAUGAAGAUAUGAUAAUCAUUAGAAACGUCAAGUUUAUAAGGAAGUAAGGGUCAGCGCGGUAACAGUGUAUUUGCGAUACCACUGGGUUAAAUCCGCUUCUGAAAGUUAAGGGUAGGUUAUUGUUAAAUAUAAUCGAGCCAGCCGUUUCAUAUUGUUUUGUGUUUUAUUUCAGUUGCGACCAAGAUGAAACGAUUCGCCAUUACACACGCGGAGUGAGUUCUGAUCAGCGUUUUAGUAUGCAGGCAUUCCGCUUCCUGUCAGAACAUCGCUUUGUCUACCUACACUGUGAUCUUGUAGUGUGUCACAGGUAUGACUACAAUUCCACCUGUUGGCGAAGUACUUCAUGUUCGCGACGUAAGCGUCGUGAUGUUGAUAAGCGACCAGCAGAUGUGUCCGGUAUGUAUCCUCUGUCGUUUGGUCCAAUCAUGCACGAGAAAUUGUCCAAAGACAAGAAUCCUGGAGGUGAGUAUCUUAAUACUAGAAAUACAUGCAUGCACCAACACUUCGCUUAUAUUUUCCAAACAUUAAUAAAACAGUAAUAGUAAUUGGCCAACACUGAACGCAGGUUCGAAUUGUGGCGUUAAGUGUUGCCAUGACAACACGAUAUUUAAAAUUUUUUGUACAAAAUGGCAAAAUUUGUUGAAAGAUUAGUUAGUACUUUUAUAACUUUACAACAAUAUAUCUCCGAAAUAUAUACUGUAGGUAUGUUAUUUUGCAUUUUGUGAGCUUUCAGAUUUAAUUUUGAAAUUUAAUUAAUCUGUGGAGGAUUGUAAUGAUAUAACCUGGUAAAUACGCCCGAAUUUUCUUGAUUUUUCCUAAAACGAUUUUCCAAAAUAUAUCUUUGAAAAUUGAAAUAUUGCUUAUCCCACUGGUAAACUGCCAUUUUUUUAGAUAAGUGAGUCUGUCCCCCCAUACACGCAUGACAUGACUUUAGACUUUGCCAAUGCGUUCCUUUCCCCGGGGGUAAAUAGCCGAGAGGAAUUAGUACCCUCUGCCCGGGCCUACGCCCGGAACGGCGCUUGGCGCCGUUCACUCGGAGAGUAGUUCGGGGAAAAGGGUUUAGUUUAAUGGAUUUGCCACACUGUUACUACAAGACAUAUACAUGCAUGCAUGCAAUAGAGUACAACAUAAUACAAUACAACGGUAAGACUAUAGUCCCAAUUGCCACCCAAUCCGAUCCCUUUACAAUGAAAGGGUAGAAUAAAAAUUAUUACAGUUAAUGGACUAGUAGUAGAUUAGAAUGCUGUUUUUAGGCUUUAUAAUCCAAGUGAGUAUACUGUAUAUACAUUUAAAGACCUAACUAGGAACGACUGCGAAAAAUGCAGCACAAGGUCUUCUGGUGUGAUAAGGUGGACUUUAAUGAUCUGGUUUCUGCACUUCACAGAUCAUUAGUGAAGUCCACCUUAUCACAACCCGCACACCCGAUCACCUAUAUAUACCUGAACUUACGGUUACAGCUCAACAGCUGGCCUCUGUAGCUCAGUUGGUUAGAGCGCUGCACCGGAAUCGCAGGGCCGUAGGUUCAAUUCCUACCAGAGGACCUUGUGCUGCAUUUUUCGCAGUCGUUCCUGGUUAGGUCUUAAAAUGUAUAUAUACUCACUUGGAUUACAAACCAUAAAAACAAUAUUCUAAUAUUACCAAGUGAAGUGGAGAAACCAGACCAUUGAAGUCCACCUUAUCACAACCCGCACACCCGAUCACCAAUAUGUACAUGAACUUACGGUUACAGCUCAACAGCUGGCCUCUGUAGCUCAGUUGGUUAGAGCGUUGCACCGGAAUGGCAGGGCCGUAGUUUCAAUUCCUACCAGAGGACCUUGUGCUGCAUUUUUGGCAGUCGUUCCUGGUUAGGUCUUAAAAUGUAUAUAUACUCACGUGGAUUACAAACCCUAAAACCAGCAUUCUAAUAUUACCAAGUGAAGUGCAGAAACCAGAUCAUAGUAGUAGAUUAUAUUGAAUUACAGGCAAGCAUUGUCAUCAAAUUUUGCCAGGGGACUGUAUGUAACUAAUUUAGUUAGAUGGAAAUUAAGGAAUUUUGAUUUAAACAAAGAAAAAUAGUUACUGGCUUUCAAGUCAGAUGGCAGACUGUUCCAAAGUUGAGAAGAUCUAAUAAUAAAAGUAAUAAUCCUGUUUAUGCUUAAUAAAAGAAUGGCACAUGAGAUUAACUACCAUAGACUGUAAAUUUUCGAUUAAGGCGUCCUUUGAAAUAAACUUCCAAUCUAAUAGCGCCAUCCUCCUUUUUAGAACAAGUAUAAAUUUAUAAAACUCUCCUCUCUGUUACUCAUUUUCAUGAAUCGCAGAAAAGAAACACAGCAGUAUGGUACCGAUUAGAUUUACUAAUUGACCAUGCAUGUUAGUACAGAUGUCCCUCUUUUUUGGGCGCUUCCUCUGCUAGGCGCCUUCCUUAAAAUUUACCUGAAAUAAAUCACUUUCCCUUAGUGAUAAUCUAAUUGACUGCGUUCUAUACCCGCUGUUUAACCGCGACACUGACUUUCAACCGCUGGUUUAAGAGCGACCUGACCCGGAUGAAUUGGCACGUAACGGUAAAUCGAUUCAAAUCUCUGUUGACAAUGUAGAGGUGCAUUUUUUACUCAUGGACGUUUAGGGGGAGUGUCAUGAUAUUUUAACCACGUUUGGCAAAUAUUUUGACCAACUUCUAAAAGGUCUGACUUGAUCAAAUUCGUGAUGGAAAAAUUAAGUGGUUUUUACAAGGCGAAAAAUUCGUGCAUGCCAAAAUACUAAUUUUUGAGUUGAAAAACCAACAAGUGACCAACAAUUUUCACCAAAUAUUUUCCAUUUUGACCAACCUUUUCAACUCAAAAAGUUCCCACACACCCCAGUAGCGAUGUCCCUGUUUUUACUACAUAAUUUAUGUACUAUGGGUCGUAACAUGAUAUACUAAUUCUCCAAUUUUAUGCCAUGUUUCAGCUCGCUCGAAGGCGAUGAGCACCACACUGGUUGGUUCCUUGAUUGGAUUUGGUUGUCUCGGCGUUGUUUUGGUUGCUGUCCUGGCUUAUGUGAAAAAGCGAUACCUUCGCCGUAGAUCUGAUCCAGCUCGGAAAGGUGUCGUGAAAAAGGGAGCAUUGGCAAUGCAGAAUUUGGGAUACGCUUAAAGUAUCCCUGGGGUUUUUUUUGUGUCGUUUAAUUAAUGGGUUUAAUGCAUGACUAUAUAAUUAACUGCUGAUGUAAAACAAUAAAGUAAACACUGGCUAUUUAAGGGUUUAGAAAGUUGGAAUAGACCGACAAGUAGUUUAUGACAAAGGAGUAUAUAUAUGUUGCGAAAAUGAUUUGAUAACUCUUUCAAUGUUUAAUCAAAAUCUCUCGGUUGUUAAAAGUGAUUCGCAAAAUUUGUUGUUCUAAAUCAAAACGAAAAAUGUCAAACUAUUGUUGUAAUUAGAACGUAGAAAGUAUUGGUGAAAUAAAUUUCUUAUAUGGGUAAUAAAAUUAUAUAUGCCUGU